UUAAUGCUACGUCUUCGAAUACGUUUUCCAAAGAACAGCAACAUGUUUAACUCUUGCGUCGCGACAUUUGUGCUUUUUGGUACUCUUCUGAUCAAUGCUCGGGGUCAUAUUCUGCAAAACUCCGAAAAAAACCAAGACAAUUCCACGCAAACUCAGGCAAAUCAGACUCAGACGCCUAAGACAGCUUUCGCAAUGAUCAUGGAAGCGAACGGCAUACAAGGAAAGAGCAGAGACGGGUACGAGCUUUUUCAAGGAGAUAUCCUAAUGACAGACGAUAUACGUGACGAAUUGCGUGACAUGGGCCUAUUCCCACCGCGUGACAGCCCAACCAGUCCAUCAAGGCGAAAACGAGCUGCCAUUUCAAACAUUGCACGGAGAUGGAUUGGAAGCAAUAACAAGCCAGAGAUCCCCUACCAACUUGAGUCAAGCGUUCGUCACGCUCACCGGGUAAUCAAACAAGGGAUAGAUCACUGGGUCCGACACGUGCCAUGCCUGCGUUUCGUCCAGCGAACGAAUCAGCGGUCUUACAUCAGCUUUUUUGCCGGUGGAGGUUGUUUUUCGCACGUUGGAAGGCAAGGAGGUGCCCAGCGGAUUUCCAUAGCACGCGCAUGUGAACACCUACAUAUCGUCGUCCACGAAAUUGGUCAUGCUCUCGGAUUCUGGCACGAACAGUCUCGACCCGACCGAGACAGCUACGUAAACAUCUACUGGAAUAAUAUUUACCCUCAAUUUAGGUAUGCCUUUCACAAAUACGCAGACGGGAGAAUUAACAGUCUUGGUAUCUCGUAUGAUUACGACAGUGUGAUGCAUUACGAUUCCCGAGCUUUCAGUAUGAACGGCCGAACCACUAUCGCACGGAAAAACGGCGAUACACGGCUCGGAAAUACUCGGGGACUGAGUCGGAGGGAUAUCGAGCAAGCUAAGUUACUCUACUGCAGAACUAAGUCAACUGACGAGCCACCGAGUGUAAGGCCUACAACUAAGUCACCUACAGGUUGUCGUUACUCAGACAAGCACAGGUUUUGCGCUUAUUGGGCGUCACAAGGAUUCUGUAAAAGAGGACACACGGAUUACAUGAACGAGAACUGCCAGAAAAGUUGUCUUUGUGUGAAAGGUGCGUGCGUGGACAAAGAGGAAGACUGUCGUUCAUGGGCAGCCAGUGGAUACUGUCGUCACUCGUACAAAGAUUACAUGGAAAAAAAUUGCAAAAAAAGUUGUAGAAUAUGCUGAGGGUUGUCUUACUAGUUCUCUUCGAAUUCACCAACGUGGAUUCUAAACUCUGAAUGAAAGAAAACAUUCGAGAAUGAGA